CUCUUGUUGUCGUUUCUUCUUCCUCCUCCUUUCUCUCUUUGUGUUUCUUCUCCAUUCUUUCUCCUCUCUCAAUUCUUCCCCAAACCCAUCUCUUAGAACCCUAACUCCAAACUCACGGCAACAAGGACGGCAGGUCGACAACGAGGACGGCGACGAGUACGGCUUCCAUCUUUCUCCACUCAUUUUUUCCCCAAACCCAUCUCUUAGAACCCUAGCCCCAAACUCACGGCAACAAGGACGGUAAAUCGGCAACGAGGAAGGCGACGAGUACGGCUUCCAGAUCUAUUGAUAAACAUUUGUAGGCAACCACUAUGAAGAAAUCAAAGGAUCCGUUUGAGAUUGCAUUUGAGGAGCAAGAGGAAUCACCACCAGAAUCCCCAGUUGGUCUUGAUGAGAAUGAAGUCCAAACUUCAGCUGGCCCCAGUACAAUUGUUACCGGAGAGUUGGAUGCAAGUACUAAUGUUAAUGCCACAGAUCCUUCAACUUUGGGUGCUGUGUCAAUAGGGACUGCUGGCCCAAUCAGCAAAAACAAAGAAGAUGAUGAGGAGGAGGAAGAAGAGAACAUGGAUGUUGAGUUUGGCAAGUUGCGACCUACUGGUGAUCCUGCAAAAACGGCUAAGAUGCAGGAAAUUUUAGCUCAUUUUACAGAGGAACAAAUGAGUAGGUAUGAAUCGUUUCGAAGAUCUGGAUUUCAGAAAUCCAACAUGAAAAGGUUAUUAACAAGCAUAACUGGAAGUGCUAAAAUUUCUAUACCUAUGACUAUUGUGGUAUCUGGAAUCGCAAAAAUGUUUGUAGGGGAGCUUGUUGAAACAGCCAGAGUAGUAAUGGCAGAGAGAAAGGAUACAGGACCAAUCAGGCCAUGCCACAUGAGAGAAGCAUAUAGAAGACUAAAGCUUGAAGGCAAGAUCCCAAAAAAAUCAGUCCCAAGGCUUUUCCGGUGAUGCAACCUGAAAAUUACCUGGGUAACUAACCAAUGACUCUCAUUUCUCCUUGUCGAGAAAUUUCUCAUACCUCUUCAAAUACUUGAAUGUCAGAAUUAUCAAGAAUGCUUACGAUUUUGCUUGAGCAUGUUCCAAACAUGGUCCGACCAGAGUAUCUUUGUAUCUUCUGUCACCAUUAUCCUCUUUCCUUGAGCUCUAUUUUGAAUAUGUCUUGGAGGAUUGUGACCAUGUGGAAUGAGAAAGCAGAAUUUUGUGGAAUUUUUGGUAGAUCAAAGGUUGAUGCUUGUUAAAACUUUUUUUUUUGCUAGUUUUUGGUGGUUUGGGAUCUGGUAACAGAGUUAGGGAUGUUGGUGAAUCAUGAGAAGUUGCUGGGAACAGGAGAAUUUUCUCAUUUAAUCAUUCAAUUUUCCGGUCA